AUUUUUCAUUGGUUCCUCCAAAAUUUUCGAAAUCUCCCGCGUUCGAAUUCCUUUUUUACGCUCUCCAUGUCCAUUUUCUGCAACUCCUACUGCUUCUCUCUUUCUGAUCUUCCAAGUCUUCCCUGCAAUUCUCACCCUACAGAUCUUCAUUUGCCGGCUACAGCUUCUUCCUCCGCUUCGGUGAGAGGAUGGGGAAGCAGACCAAAGCUAAGAAGCAAGAAAAUCUCGGGAAAGGGAAGGUCACCCCUGUUCAGAUUGCCUUUUUAGUGGACCGAUACCUCUCCGAUAACAACUAUUCCCAGACUCGUUCCCUUUUCAGAACCGAAGCCUCUUCUCUCAUCUCUAGAUCUCCGGUUCAAGAGGCGCCGAAGAGUUUGUUGAGUUUGGGGGCGAUUGUGGAUGAAUAUAUAUGUUUGAAGGAGCAGAAGGUGAUUCUCGAUCAGGAGAAACUUCGCUUGGAGCAGGAGAAGCUACGGGUCCGUACCCUUUUGCAGGGUAUGCAAGAUGUCAUGAACGUUUACAACGCCGGCGGAAGCAUUCCUCCUGUGCCGCCUGCAAUUCCAGCCACGGCUGCCGCACGAUCAAUGGUUAUGGCUUCCCCAUUAGACCCAUGUGCUGGAUCCCCCGCAGGUUAUCCCAUGUACAACACUCCUAUUACAACUGCUGUAUCCAUCCCAUCUAGUGCUGGUAUGGAGCCUACAAAUUUCUCAACUCCAGUUACAAAUCAUCCAUCUACAAACAAGAGGAAGAGGUUGAAAGCUCCUGAGGAAACUCUACCUGCAAAGCGAUCUCAUAAUCAUUUGCGCCCAAAAGAGUUUCCAGACCAAGUAAAUUGUCCAGAAAGUGUUGGGGGGCUUUCUGUGGUUCAAUCAUCACCAGUCAAUCAAGUACCCAAUGGGCCAUUAGUUCAAGGAUCAAGUGUAGCUAAGAGUUUGUUUGCUCAGCCUUCUUCAUCCCCUCUCACCACUUCAUCAGGUCCGAAGACACCUCCACAAGCAUCAUCCUCCCAAAGUGACAAAUCUAUUUCCCCAUUAGAGUGUUCUCCCUCUGCUAACUCAAAUAAAAACAGCACUUCCUGGGAGAUUGCCUCCAUUAAGUGUGCUGUACGCUCUCCAGAUACCCUUAAAGCAAGCCCUUCAAAGCAAAUAUCUUGCUUCUCUAUGAGUAGGAGCCAUUAUACUUCUCCAUCACCACUUAAAACAGACACCAGGAAGCCGAGCAAGAGGGAUCAUGUGAAGGGAAGGCUAGAUUUUGAUGGUUCUGAUGCACCACUGACUUUGGAGAAGCCAAAUGUUGAUGGAAAUUCAACAACUGAGCCUGGAAGGGAGAUGGAGGUUUUUGACAUUGAUUUGUCCAAUAUUGAAGCUUUUGGUGCAGAUUUCUCCAUCUCCGAACUACUAGUUGAUUUUGACAUUGAUUGUGAAGGAAUUGGUUUUUCCUGUGAGCCUGGAUUGGGGACCUCUGUUGAUUCUGUUGCAGGGUCACCUCAUGAAACCAAUGGUGGUCAUUUUGUGGAUAAUAGAGUCUUAUGUGAGCAUUCAUCUACUGUGACUGAAAUUCUUUCGGAGAAAGAUAUGAACAUACAAGGACAAGAAGUGCUGACCUCUGUCUUGUCCAAAACGAAAUGCAUUAGAAUUUUGAGUCCAGCUAAAACUCAUAGAAGCUCUUCUUCGGAUCAGGAGAAUUUGCUCACCACAAACUGACCCAUCUAAUGAUGACUCUUAGGCUGACGUGCAACAGGAUAGCCGCAGAUGAUGUGGUACCAGUAUACUGCCCCAAAGAUGACUAAUUAAAUUGUUGUAAACAAAUUGUCAUAACCUAUUUUUUUGUUGUGAUUCAGCCUCAGAUUGGUAAUUUACCUGUUUCAGCCAAAAUGCUACUUGUUACCUUUCAUCUACCAAACUAUUUUCCUUGUACAUUUAAUUGGAUGAAGGUCGUGGUACCAAUUUUAUAUGGAAGUAUUUAAAUUUCAUUC